GUUUUUCUUUCUUUAUUCACAAAAUCAUCAUCAUGAAUCAUGAUCAUAUAAAUUUUCACUUUAGCCGUUUGUUACCGUUGAUACUAACCCACUCUUCCAAUGACCAAUGGGACCAGCAUGACCCACAUAAUUUCGAAAAUCAAGGCAACAACUCCGGUUCGUUUCAACAUCAAUCAACAACAACAGUUGACUAGACAAGACCGUUUGUUUGUUUGUCCUUUUCCUUAUUUAGUUGAGUUACACUUCCACUUCUUCCUCAAUUCCCAAAACACUACGCAACACAACACAAUAACCUUCUUUCUUUCUUUCUUCUUCUACUCAUUCUAUGGAAAUUCAUGAUGCAGUUGUGGUGAACCGGAUCGAACCCGGUUCAAAGGAGUCCGGUUUAAGAGCUGAGAUUGAUACUUCAGCGCCGUUUGAGUCUGUGAAAGAAGCCGUUACUCGAUUCGGAGGUGUUGGUUACUGGAAACCUACUAACACUACUAAUCUUGUCACUCCUCAGCAAAACACAGAAGAGCUUGAUGCUGGAAAAUUGGAGGAACAAGCAGUGGUAUUGGAGAAAGAGCUUAUAAUCAAAGAAAGGGAAACUCUUGAUGUUUUAAAAGAGUUAGAAAGUACCAAAAAGCUUGUCGAAAAUCUGAAAUCAAAGUUACAAGCAGAAGAAUCUGAUGCAAAUUUGAAUACUAAGUUGAAUUCAUGUGAUGAUAAGGAGAAUGAGAAAGAAGAAGAAAAGGAAAACCAAGUUCGUCGUGUUCCUUCUAAUUCGGCGACUCCUGGUUUAAUAUUAAGGGAAUUGAAGCAGGCGAAAAUGAAUCUAAACCGGACUACGAAUGAUAUUGCUGAUGUUCGAGUAUCUGUUGAAUCGCUCAACAAGAAACUAGAGAAGGAGAGAAUCUCGCUCGAGAAAACCCGUGAGAGGUUAACUCAAAACUCUUCAAAAAUAACUUCUUUAGAGGAAGAGCUAAACCAAACAAGACUUAAACUGCAAGUGGUGAAAGACGGUGAAAUCGAAUGUGGUUCUGAUGAACCUUCCGAUAUUACGGAAGAGCUUCAACGGUUGAGUUCUGAGGCAGAACAUUUCAAGAAAAUGGGAGAAGCUGCUAAAUCAGAAGUAUUGAGAGCUAUGUCUGAGAUUGAACAGACAAAAGGUAUGAUAAGAACAUCUGAAAUUAGGUUAGUUGCUGCUCGGAAAAUGAAGGAAGCUGCUAGAGCAGCCGAAGCAGCCGCACUUGCCGAGAUAAAAGCUUUAUCUUAUCUUGAUGGAGAUUGUGGUCAAAUCCAUGAUGGAGUUACUCUUACCUUUGAAGAGUAUAAUGCUCUAACACGCAAAGCUCGAGAUGCCGAGGAACAGUCGAAGAAAAGAGUUCUUGAUGCUAUGUUUCAAGUUGAUGAAGCAAAUGUAUCCAAAAUAGAUGUAUUAAAGAGGGUUGAAGAAGCUACAUUAGAAGUUAAUACAAGCAAGAAAGCACUUGAAGAAGCUUUGGAAAGGGUAGAGGCUGCAAAUAGAGGAAAAUUAAUGGUUGAAGAGGCUUUAAGAAAAUGGCGAUCGGAGGGUAACAAAAGGCGAUCAUCAAUGCAAAAUAAUAACUUUACUAAGUUUAAAAACCCUUCUCACUACCGGAGAGACUCUCGAUUAUUCAAUGUAAAUGGAAUGAAUCAAGUUGAUGAUGAAGUCAAUCCGGUUCUUAAGCCGACUCUAUCAAUAGGACAAAUAUUGAGUCGGAAAUUGAUGAUGCCGGACGAAUUUGAAGGUGGGAUGAUUAUAGAAAGAGGCUCGAUGAAACGAAAAGUGUCUUUGGGUCAGAUGCUUGGUAAACAAAACUAUGAUCUAUCUUUUGAAUUUGAUAGGCAAGCUGAGAAAGAAAAUGGUCAGAAGCAGUUUUCUUCUGCUAAGAGAAAGAAAUUUGGAUUUGGUAGAUUCUCACUUCGUUUGACAAAACAACAAAAGAAAAAGAAGCCAACUUUGAAUUUGAGGUGAUUAUGGAGUAAUUACUUGAUUAUUUUACUCUUGCAACUAGUGAUGAUAAGAUUAUAAAAAUGAGAUUAUUAAGUAUUGUGAUUGAAUUUUUUAGGUUAAUUAAUUAAUGUAAUGUGUUUCUAUUAUCA